GUGUCUAUUAACUUUGCUCAGUAAUUUAGUUUACUCUGACAUUUAUUCAUGUUUUUGUGUAAGUGAAAACCUUCAAAGUGGCACAUUCACAUCAAGUAGUUAUGUUUCUGACGAGGACGUUGGAGAAGAUUCUCGCCGACAAGGACAUCAAAAAGGCUCAUCAUUCUCAAUUGAAGAAGGCCUGUGAGGUGGCAAGAGAUGAGCUGAAAAAAGAAUUUGCUGUCCAGAGAGAUGAUCAGAACUCUUCAUCGGCCCUUCCCAUGCCCAAGUCAGAAGCAGCAUUUGUCUCCGCAGAUAAAUACUUCCUCCCAUUUGAGCUGGCCUGCCAAUCAAAAUGCUCGCGCAUUGUCACCGCCGCUCUGGACUGUUUACAGAAAUUGAUUGCGUACGGCCACCUAGUGGGAAAUGCUCCCGAUUCCACGACACCAGGGAAGCGACUGAUAGAUCGUAUUGUGGAGACGAUCUGUGGCUGUUUUCAUGGUCCGCAGACAGAUGAUGGCGUACAACUCCAGAUUAUCAAGGCAUUGCUGACCGUGGUAACCUCUACCACCUGUGAGAUUCACGAGGGCACAGUGUUACAGACCGUGCGGACCUGCUACAACAUUUACCUGGCCAGUAAGAACUUGAUCAACCAGACCACAGCUAAGGCUGGCCUCACCCAAAUGCUCAAUGUUAUCUUCUCCAGGAUGGAGGCCCAAGCAUUGCAGUCACAAGAAGCUAAGGAGAGAGAAAGAAGUAACAGUAAGACAUCUCUGAAACUCAAUGGAGAGAGUGAGGGAAAGGCAGAGGUUGGAUCUGGGGAAAACACAGAAAAAGAUGCUGGGGAAGAUAACCAGAAAGCAGAGGCUGGCCCCAGCAACAAUAAAGAGGAAGAGGAAGGAAGGGAGCUAACUCCAGAGGAAAUAGCGACAACAAUCAUAGAUCAGCUCUUGGAUGACGUGGCAGCUCAGAGUGGUGGCGGUGGCAGCAGUAUGUCAACAAGCGAACCAACUGCUCAGGUGCCAGCGGAGCCUCCUGAUGGAUUGGCCAAUCAGCACCCAGCGAGCCCAGCAGCCAACCCGGAAGCUGUCCUGGGUGAACUUGGGCCACAAGGUUUAACUCGCAUGACCUCUGAUGAUAAUCUAGAGGGGUCAGAAGUCCUGGAGCAAGUGCAGGGCGUGUUUCCUCACAUUCUUCAAAAAGAUGCAUUCCUGGUGUUUAGAAGUUUAUGUAAAUUAUCAAUGAAGCCUUUGGGGGAAGGACCUCCUGACCCCAGGUCCCAUGAGCUGAGGUCUAAGAUCCUCUCGCUACAACUUCUCCUGUCCAUCCUCCAGAACGCUGGGCCAGUCUUCAGAACUAAUGAAAUGUUCAUCAAUGCCAUCAAACAAUACCUGUGCGUGGCCCUGUCCAAGAAUGGUGUCAGCGCCGUACCAGAGGUGUUUGAACUCUCCCUCGCCAUUUUCCUGACUCUUCUGUCUCACUUCAAACAACAUCUUAAAAUGCAAAUUGAGGUGUUUUUCAAAGAGAUUUUCCUGUACAUAUUGGAGACGUCCAGCAGUUCAUUUGAACACAAGUGGAUGGUGAUACAGGCUCUUACCAGAAUCUGUGCAGAUGCUCAAUGUGUGGUCGAUAUCUACCUAAACUAUGACUGUGAUCUGGCUUUAGCAAAUAUAUUCGAACGUCUGGUGAAUGACCUGUCUAAAAUAGCCCAGGGACGACAUGCCUUAGAACUUGGUGCAUCGCCAAACCAGGAGAAGAGUAUGCGGGUCAAGGGACUGGAGUGUCUGGUCUCUAUCCUCAAGUGUAUGGUAGAGUGGAGUAAAGAUCUCUAUGUCAACCCACAUUCCCAGUCCAACCUAGGUCAGGAAAACAAGCCUUACUCUGAGGGUGACAAUGACUCGGGGAAGGGCACCAUGACCAGCUAUGGCAGUACUAACUCGCUCAACUCUAAUGGUAGCUCCACAGCUGCACCAAACCUGCCCCUGGAUAACCCAGAACAGUUUGAGUCGCUCAAACAACAGAAAGAAAUCAUGGAAAAUGGAAUAGAAAUGUUUAACAAGAAGCCGCGUAAAGGUAUCCAGUACCUUCAGGAGCAGGGUCUGCUAGGAACAACACCUGAUGAUAUCGCCGAGUUUUUCCACAGCGAUGAAAGACUUGAUAAGAUGGUGGUUGGAGACUUUCUUGGCGAGAAUGAAAAACUUAACAAGGAGGUGAUGUACGCCUAUGUGGAUCAGAUGGAUUUUCAUGAUCUGGACUUUGUCUCUGCUCUCCGGCGUUUCCUGGAGGGAUUCCGCUUACCCGGAGAAGCUCAGAAAAUUGACAGGCUCAUGGAGAAGUUUGCUGACAGGUUCUGCUCAUGUAACAUAACAUCAGAUCUGUUUGCCAGUGCAGACACUGCCUACGUGUUAGCCUACUCUAUCAUCAUGCUGACCACAGAUCUCCACAGCCCACAGGUGGCUCAUAAGAUGACCAAGGAGCAGUACAUCAAGAUGAACCGGGGCAUUAACGACAGUAAGGAUCUGCCCGGAGAGUACCUGUCAGCUAUAUAUGAUGAGAUUGCUGGCAAUGAGAUCAAAAUGAAACUAACAGGAAGUCAAAAACCUGGAAAGGCAAGCCGGAACAUCACAAGUGACAAACAGAGAAGAUUGUUGUACAAUGUGGAGAUGGAGCAGAUGGCUCAGACAGCCAAGGUGUUAAUGGAGGGGGUUAGUCAUGUCCAGUCUAACUUCACCAGUGCCACCCACCUGGAGCAUGUCAGACCUAUGUUCAAGAUGGCGUGGACCCCGUUUCUGGCAGCAUUCAGCGUGGGAUUACAGGACUGCGAUGAUCAGGCCAUUGCUACGUUCUGUCUGGAUGGGAUUCGCUGUGCUAUACGCAUUGCCUGUAUAUUCCAUAUGGAGCUGGAAAGAGAUGCCUUUGUGCAGGCUUUGGCUCGCUUUACACUUCUCACAGCGACCUCUCCCAUCACAGAAAUGAAGGCCAAAAACAUCGACACUAUCAAAACCCUGAUCUCAGUGGCUCAUACGGAUGGAAACUACCUGGGCAAGUCCUGGCUGGAGAUAAUGAAGUGUAUCUCUCAGCUGGAGCUUGCUCAGCUGAUAGGGACAGGUGUGAAACCACGGUACAUCUCCAGCUCUAACAACCAUAGCUCAGCGGGACACCCCAUUGAGGCAUUUGACCCUGAAGUGAUAGCACGAGGUGGUUUAGAUCACAAAAAGUUAGCCAACAUCCAGGAGACAAUGGGGGAGACCAGUUCACAGAGUGUUGUUGUCGCAGUGGACAGGAUAUUCACAGGCUCAGUCAAACUGGAUGGAGAUGCUAUAGUGGAGUUUGUGAAGGCACUGUGUCACGUAUCCCUGGAUGAGCUUGCCAACACGAUUCAUCCGCGGAUGUUCAGUCUACAGAAGAUAGUGGAAAUCUCUUACUACAAUAUGGGCCGUAUCAGGCUACAGUGGUCUCGCAUUUGGCAGAUUCUCGGCGAUCACUUCAAUACGGUCGGGUGUAACCCAAAUGAGGACAUUGCUUUCUUUGCCGUAGACUCACUUCGUCAACUCUCUAUGAAGUUUUUGGAGAAAGGAGAAUUUGCCAAUUUCAGAUUUCAGAAAGAUUUUCUCCGACCAUUUGAACAUAUCAUGAAAAAGAAUAGGUCACCAACAAUUCGGGAUAUGGUGGUCCGCUGUGUAGCUCAGAUGGUCAACUCACAGGCAGGAAACAUCAAGUCUGGUUGGAAGAACAUCUUCAGUGUGUUCCAUCUGGCUGCUUCAGAUCUAGAUGAGGGUAUUGUGGAGCUGGCCUUCCAGACAACUGGGAAAAUCAUAUCCAGUAUCUUUGAGAAGCACUUUGCCUCCAUUAUUGACUCUUUCCAAGAUGCUGUGAAGUGUCUGUCAGAGUUUGCUUGUAACGCAGCCUUCCCAGACACCAGCAUGGAGGCCAUACGACUCAUCAGAAACUGUGCCAAAUAUGUGGCCGAGAAACCAAAUAUGUUCCGCGAACAUGGCAGUGAAGAGAUGAACGUCCCUGAGGAGGACCGAGUCUGGGUCAAAGGCUGGUUCCCUGUUCUCUUUGAACUCUCCUGUAUCAUCAACAGGUGUAAACUGGAUGUCAGAACAAGAGGCUUGACUGUGAUGUUUGAGAAGAAGACGUAUGGAGAAUCAUUCCAGCAGCACUGGUGGCGAGACCUCUUCAGAAUUGUCUUCAGGAUCUUUGAUAACAUGAAGUUACCCGAGCAGCAGAACGAGAAAGCAGAGUGGAUGACGACAACCUGCAACCAUGCCUUGUAUGCCAUUGUGGACGUGUUCACUCAGUACUACGACAUCCCACCUAUCCUGCUCUCAGAGCUCUACCAGCAGCUACACUGGUGUGUCCAGCAAGAUAACGAGCAGUUGGCCCGAUCAGGGACAAACUGUCUGGAGAACCUGGUCAUAUCAAAUGGUCUCAAGUUCUCAUCAGAAGUAUGGGAUAAAACAGGUUCUGUGAUGCUGGACAUCUUCAGGACUACCAUCCCUAGCAAUUUGUUGUCAUGGAGACCUGAUACUCAACUAGAUGAUGGGUCUCCACUGAAGACAGGGCGUCAGGAUACAAUACCAGACUAUGAUGUGUCUCAUCGGGAAGAGAUUCAGGAUGACCGUUCACAGACUUCUCUGGAUAACAUCUCUGACACUUCACGCUUGAAGAGAGCAGACAGCCAGCAUAGUGUCAACAGUAACAUGUCUGUAGAGUCCCGAGAACACAAGAUCCCCAAGUCCAAAGUGCCUCCUGAACAGAGACUGUUCCAGGCCCUGCUGAUAAAGUGUGUAGUUCAGUUAGAGCUGAUACAGACAAUUGAUAAUAUUGUCUUCUUCCCUACGACCAGUAAGAAGGAGGACAUGGAGAACCUGGCUGCUGCUCAGGCUGAGGGGGAUGAGAUCCCAUAUGGCAGUGACCCGAGCCAGCAGAAGGAAGAUCAGGGCAUGUACCAGUAUCUAGCCUCCUCACAGCUCUUCCAGCUAGCAGACUGUCUCCUUGAGUCACACACUUUUGCCAAGGCCUUCAACUCAAACCAUGAGCAGCGAAAUAUACUCUGGAAAGCAGGGUUUAAGGGGAAGGCCAAACCUAACUUACUGAAGCAGGAAACCCAGAGCUUGGCAUGUUUACUGAGGAUACUGUUCAGAAUGUAUAAUGAUGACGCACGGCACGAUGCAUGGCCCGCUGUCGAGAGCAGACUCAUCAGUGUGUGUGGCACAGCCCUGGAUUACUUCCUCAGUCUACAAUCAGACAGUCACAGGGAAGCCUGGGGAAGUCUGCUCAUUCUGCUGCUGACACGCCUCCUCAAGAUGUCAGACAAGAGGUUUCAAGUCCACACCAAAGCCUACUACAGUCUUGUCUGUGACAUGAUUGUUUACGACCUCAAGCCAGAACUACGCUCUGUGCUGAAAAAGUUUUAUGUUCGUGUUGGAAAUGCAUUCAGCAUUACAGACAUGGAAUGAAGAACACCAGUCCAUGAUGAAGUUGUUUUACAUGUAUGCUAGUGUUGGUAACACCUUCAGCAUUACAUGUAUGGAAAUUUCUGCAAUGGGGCUGUUAUGUUAGUGGGUAUAGUGUGUCCAAAACUACCUUAGCAAUAAACGACCCGGUCACAUUGUACAUGUGCCACAGGCAUAGUACUCCCACAUCUGUAGUGUGUGUAGAUAAUGUAGUCAGGGUGAAUAUCAAUAAGAACAAAAGCUGAAAGUGCUAGGAAAAAUGGUGAUUGAGUGAAAUGUCCAGAUCUGUGGAAACCAUUGACCAUCUGAGGUUGAGAGGCUCUGUUACACAGGAUACAACAAUACAGAAAGCUGAAACACAAGUAUUCACACCUCACUGGUUUGGUGAAGAUGGGGAAAGUCUCCAGGGUGAUGGACACAGAGGACUGUGUUGAAUGUGUCUGGCAUCAGAUGCUAUCAGGGUAUGUCUUCAUUUAACGGCUUGUCUCCAAAUGUGAUUAUAUGUAUGGUGUGUCAUAACUGCUGCCAUUACUGCACAAUUGGUGAGGAAACAACUGUACAUAAUGCGACUGAGAAAAGAUUGUCUAUAUCCAUCGUGUGGUCAUGAAGAAUCUGUGUAAAAGGAGAAUGGUUUAAAGAUAAGUGAUUGUGAAAUCCUUUGUUCCUGUAACCCUCCAGCAUACUUCUAGGUGUGUAUAUUUUGUCAGUUUGUUAAUGCUGUGGACGGGUAUACAUCUGGGUGUUGAGAGCCCUCUACAUCUGUACAUGUUCAGGUAAAAAUGUCGAAUGGACAGCAGAUUUUUCUAGUAAUGUUGUAAUGUGACUGAAGAGUUGUACCUACCACACAACAUUGUCUCUGUAUACAUAAAAUAAAAUUCUGUUGUUUUUUGGGAGGGAGGGGAAGGAGGAGUGUCCGUAAAUUGUUAGUUGAGCAGGAAUAUCUAUAUGUACAUUGUAUAACAGUGAAUUUCUCUGUCCAUAGCUCAUGCAAACUAUAUGCAUACUGUCAAUAUAGGCAAAAGGCCUGGGAACUGCCAUGAAAUGUGAAUAACACGAGUUUAAAACUCAUACACAUUUUUUGUACAGAGAGGCAUAGUGAUAUGUGCUUUGUAAUCGGAAUGGUCGUCAUUUUAAUGCAGUCUCUGAUAUAUCAGUUUUUCCUGUUAAAUGUGAUAUCAGUUCAUGCUUGAGAGGGGACACAACUCUGAGUGUAUUACACAAGUCCUGGCUGGAAGUCCACAGUUCUCGUUCAGUCGUAUUGGUACAAGCCUGGAUAAAGUCUGAACUGUUUUGUAUAAAAUAUCCAUGAUCAACCUCUAGACAAAGAUGAUGUCUAAACAUACUUCAUUUUAUUAUUAUUGUUUUCAUGUGAGGCACUGUUUAUACUGUUUGUUAUAUGAGCUCUUUUAAUAAGUUGGUAUUUGAGAAGCCGACAUACGAUAUUUGGGGCUGGCAUGUGGUAUUUGAGAAGCGGGCAUGUGGUGUUUGAGACUGACAUGUGGUGUUUGAGGCUGGCAUGUGGUAUUUGAGAAGCUGGCAUGUGGUGUUUGAGGCUAGCAUGUGGUGUUAGCUAUUUGCUAUUCUUACAUGUACUUGAGAUGUAAUGCAGUAAAGCUGCUGCUAUGUCAUUGUGUCACCAUUGUUUCCAUGGAAAUGGCAAUUUUUUAAAUCUGUUUAAUCUGUUAAUCUGAGCAUUAAAGAUGAUUCCAUUAUAAGCUCUUAACCAGGUAAACAUGUUGCUCUAUAUUCUACAUGCAUACUUCAGCUGGUGGAGAAGAGCUAGUAAUAGGUAUAAAAAGCUUUGUUGAUGCAUUUACAUGUGUCAGUUAGCACCUCAUACACAUACCAUUUUUUCAAAAAAAGCAGAAGUAGAAUACCAGUAUGCAGGUGGGAGUACUGUACUGACUCCCUACAUUUGUACUGUAUUGGCACUUGGUGUUGUGGUGUGAACUUUGUAUUAGAGCUAUAGCGUCACAUGUUUGUGAUUUUUUCUGGGCAUUGUCACAGAAGUUACCUGUUUCCAUCCAUCCUCACAUGCAUACCCCUGACUAAACUAACAUGGGGGUCCCUGCUUUAUGGGAGAGAACAUUGGCUACAUCUGUGUGAGUUUCUACAUGGGAAGGUCUGCCAGUAACCUGUGGAAGGUCGUAGCUCUGUUUGGUUUCCUCCCACCAUAAUGCUGACCCCUGUCGUAUAAAUGAAAUAUUCCUGAGUACAGCGUAUAGCAGCAAUCAAAUAAAUCUGUAUGAGUUUCAUAUCAUUGACAUUCUUCACAUUUAAAUGUAUGGUAUUCUUAUUUAUGAGGCAGACAAUGUGACUUCCUGUUAUUGAUGCUCUGGCAUCAUUUUGUGAUCCUUUAUUCCAAAUGAUUUGUAUAUAUUUGGGGAAGAGCAUAUGUGAACAUAUGUGAAUGUAGAGACUGCGUAUGGCUAAUGUUUGGCUGGUAAAACUGGUGAAGUCUGACUGUGUAUGUACAGCUCUGUGUUUUUACUCUUUUUACUGUCACAUGUACAACUGCUAACUGUUAUACUGAUGUGUACAUAUCUCUGUAUAUACAUCUCUAUACAUAUACAUUUAUAUACACAUGCAUCCUGGAUGAGCCUGAUCAGGUGUAAAUGUGGUCAAAUCCUGUAUACACAUGCAUCCCGGAUGAGCCUGAUCAGGUGUAAAUGUUGUCAAAUCUUGUAUACGGAUGAGCCUGAUCAGUUGUGAAUGUGGUCAAAUCCUGUAUACACAUGCAUCCCGAUGAGCCUGAUUAGGUGUAAAUGUGGUCAAAUCCUGUAUACACAUGCAUCCUGGAUGAGCCUGAUCAGGUGUAAAUGUUGUCAAAUCUUGUAUGCGGAUGCAUCCCGAUGAGCCUGAUCAGGUGUAAAUGUGGUCAGAUCCUGUAUACACAUGCAUCCCGGAUGAGCCUGAUCAGGUGUAAAUGUGGUCAGAUCCUGUAUACACAUGCAUCCCGGAUGAGCCUGAUCAGGUGUAAAUGUGGUCAGAUCCUGUAUACACAUGCAUCCUGAUGAGCCUGAUCAGGUGUAAAUGUGGUCAUAUCCUGUAUACACAUGCAUCCCGGAUGAGCCUGAUCAGGUGUAAAUGCGGUCAUAUCCUGUAUACACAUGCAUCCCGGAUGAGCCUGAUCAGGUGUAAAUGUUGUCAAAUCUUGUAUGCGGAUGCAUCCCGAUGAGCCUGAUCAGGUGUAAAUGUGGUCAGAUCCUGUAUACACAUGCAUCCUGAUGAGCCUGAUCAGGUGUAAAUGUGGUCAAAUCCUGUAUACACAUGCAUCCCGGAUGAGCCUGAUCAGGUGUAAAUGUGGUCAGAUCCUGUAUACACAUGCAUCCCGGAUGAGCCUGAUCAGGUGUAAAUGUGGUCAGAUCCUGUAUACACAUGCAUCCUGAUGAGCCUGAUCAGGUGUAAAUGUGGUCAGAUCCUGUAUACACAUGCAUCCCGGAUGAGCCUGAUCAGGUGUAAAUGUGGUCAGAUCCUGUAUACACAUGCAUCCCGGAUGAGCCUGAUCAGGUGUAAAUGUGGUCAAAUCCUGUAUACACAUGCAUCCCAAUGAGCCUGAUCAGGUGUAAAUGUGGUCAGAUCCUGUAUACACAUGCAUC